CGCUUGCAUGUUGGACGUUGUGAAUAUGAAUAAAUUUUAUAUUUGAUACUUACCGAGUUAUAUCCUUGGUAUUAUUUCAAACUGUUAUGAAAGUGUUAAUGGUGAAUAUAUCCAAAAUAAAAACCAAUGCUGCUGUGUACUGAAUAUGGCUGAGGAAAGACUAGUGGUUUUGAAUCGUAGUGACAACUUGGGUUUCGGAUUUUCUUUGCUAGGUCAAGCCGGUUUCCCUCAUAUUAUUUAUGAAAUUGAAGAAAAUUCGCCUGCGGCUCGUAGUGGCGAGGUGGAGACGGGGGAUGUGCUGCUCAAGGUCAAUGGGACUGACGUGAACCGGUUCACGACGCGGGAAGUUUUAAAAUGUUUACGACUCUCCUCGGACCCAGUCACUUUACGGCUCAAGAAGGACCCACAGGUCAAAGCGAACGUGCGACGAUAUAUUGCCGAGCGGCGGGGCAGUGCUCCACGCGUCAAUACCGAUAAAGCGGAGUCGCCCCCGUCAAGCAAUUCGAACAGCAACUCAUCGAGCCACUCGUCGUCGAACGGGUCGGGCGCGCACUCCGGAGAGAGCUGCGAGGCUCUCAUCACAGACGAGCGGGUACUCCGGCGGCCUCGGGCCAACCAGCCCAAGUUCGAGGCCUACAUGAUGACGGGAGACCUCAUCCUCAACUUGUCCAGGGUCGAGCAUCCACACCAUAACCACCACGCGCCUACACACCGGACACAUUUCCAUAGAUAUAACUCGACGCCCGCCUCUCCGAGCGACAGCCGCUCGCAAGCACGCGCGGAACUUUCCCAUAGACAUAACUCCACGCCGGACACCGGCCUACAUGGGGACCAUGCCAAUAAAUUUUUCAAUUCACAACCCGCGUCUCCGGCGGGCGGUACCUUAUCUACGGGAGGGGAGGUGUCCAGGACUCAACAGCAGAUCGUCAGGACUUCUCGCUCCGAAGACCAUCUGCAGGCGUGUAAGUUUCAGAAGGAGUCGUCGCUGAGCGCCGUGGCCGUGGAGAUGGAGGAGGACGUGACGUCAUCGCUGAACACGCUGCUCGACGCGCGCCCAGACUCCGCCACGCCGGGACCCAACUCCGACUCCGACGAGAGAGACAGAAUCGUAUGGACGUACAACGCGCCGGUAUCGCAGUGUAACGGAUCGGCCGGCACCUCCAAUUCCACCUCCAUAUCGGAUGGCAUCUCACAGCGUUCGUCUUCACCUGCUUCACCCACCACCGCAUCCUGGUCGGCGUUGUCGCCGCACAGACACCUCGCGCCUCAUCAUCAUCGGACCCUGAACGGUGACAUGAGUCUAUCGGAAGCCGUCUCCAACAUAUCUAGUCCGGACUUCCAGGACCAGGACGACAUGUUCGAAGCCGGCCGGGAGUGUCCCCGGAUGGAGCUCUCAGACCCAUCCGACUCCGAUUCCACGAUCCUCGUGUCGGAGCCCUGCCAUAAGCGCGCCAAGUCCAACUCAACAGUCUCAGACCACAGUAGUGACGUGACGCUGAACGGUGGCGACAAAGACUAUAGGAUAGUGAUACAAGUGAAAGGACCUGAUAAAAGUGGCAAUAACAAUGAUAGUGUGAACAAUAAUACGAAUUAUGCUCAAUGUGGGAAGGAGAACGGCAGUGCGUCGCCGGAGAACCAGGGAUAUCAAUGGUCUGUCCAGGAAUUUGGAUCAGAUGGGGGUUCAGAUGAAGGCUCAGAUGGAGACUCGCUCCACUCGUUCCACUACAGUCCCAAAGCAGUUGAUAUCCCUUCAGCGGAGAGGCUGGCCAAACGACUCUACCAUCUUGAUGGAUUCAAGAAAUCUGAUGUCUCCAGGCAUCUAAGUAAAAACAAUGAUUUUUCAAAAGCAGUGGCGGAAGAGUACGUGAAGCACUUCGAGUUCACGGGUGAAACGCUCGACAGUGCGUUAAGGAGUUUCCUGUCGCGGUUCGCGCUGAGCGGAGAGACACAGGAGCGGGAACGCGUGCUCGUGCACUUCUCUAGGAGAUACCUGGAGUGUAACCCUGGCUCGUUCAACUCACAGGACGCUGUCCACACUCUGACGUGCGCCAUAAUGCUGCUCAACACGGACCUGCACGGCGGCGCGGUCGCGGGCGGCGGCUCGUUCCGCCGCAUGUCGUGCGCCGAGUUCAUCGACAACCUGGCCGACCUCAACGACGGCGACAACUUCCCGCGCGACACGCUCAAGGCGCUCUACCAGGCCAUCCGCACGCGACCGCUCAAGUGGGCGCUCGACACAGAUGUGCCGGGCGCGGGAGAAGCGGGUGCGGAUAUAGGAAGCGGAACUACAGGCCCUAUAUCGCUGACGGCGGGCUCCAACCCUUUCCUGCAGGUGCCAGAACAAGCGCGGGCUGUCGAGUACAAGAAGGGCUACGUCAUGCGGAAGUGCUGCGUUGAGCCCAACGGCAAGAAGACGCCUUUCGGCCGAAGAGGUUGGAAGAUGCUGUACUGUACUCUGCGUGACUUGGUGCUGUACCUUCAUAAGGACGAGCACGGCUUCCGCAGGAGUCAAAUGUCAGAUCAUCUGCAUAACGCUAUAAGGAUACACCACGCCCUGGCGACCAAAGCGACGGACUACACGAAGAAACAGCACGUGUUCAGAUUGCAGACUGCUGAUCAAGCCGAGUAUUUGUUUCAAACUAGUGAUUCGAAAGAGCUCAACUCUUGGGUUGAAACGAUAAACUUCGUGUGCGCCGCGUAUUCUGCGCCGCCGCUUGCGGGCGCUGUCGGCUCGCAGCGUAAGUUCCAGCGACCUCUACUGCCGUGCUCACACACUAAACUCUCCAUGCGCGAACAGCUCUCAGAGCACGAAGAGCGAGUGUCGCGGCUGGAGGAGGAGUUGGCAGCGCUGAGACACGCGCGCGAUCACUCUCACACGCACCACGCGAGAGAGAGAGACCACUAUCUGGUGUACGAGAUAAAGAGGUAUCGAACGUACGCCUACGUGAUGCGAGCGCGGGCGGGCGGGGGCGGUGCCGACGAGAACGCCCCCGCGCUGCCCGAGCGGAACGAACCCGCCGCCACCUGACCACUGGCGUGGCCGCCGUUCUACCGCUCCGUCGCCAAGUGGAACAAACUCAAGCCUUUCUCGGGUAUGAGAAGUGUACUCAAACUGUAGCCGCGAACCGACCACGCCCGCACACCGAAUGUCUUGUGACGUCAUUUCAACUCAAUGGGAUAAAGCCUUAACCACACCUAUCCCUAUAGCAUGGCUGAAGUUGAGACAACAAUUAGAAAUGCAGUAACCUAGUCAUUUUUGUAUCUUAUCUGGAAUUUAAACUAAAGGUCGGACCGCAUUAGAGCGGCGCCGCGCGUCGCGUCGCUUCACACCGCUCCACUCGAUACGAGCGAGCAACGUUACAAAAUGAGUGAUAGUCACGAGGAUUUGAUCAUUCUUUUUUUGUUAUGUGCAUAAGAGUUAUGGAAGAAAAAAAAAAUAAGAUAAAAUUGAUUGCCCACAUACCAAGGUCACGCUAUCAAGAAGUUGAAUAUCACUAUUGGUUUCCUCGCCUUUCUUGACGACUCUGCACGAUUUCACACUAACUUGAGAAUGUUGAAGACACAUUUCUAUAAACUUAACUAGUAACAGUUACAUACACGAUGACAUGAAACAUACAAAAUGUUAAAAUAAUAUUUCGACGCUUUGUGUCGCCUGUGCAGUGCUACGGAGCGCCGCUGUAAUGCGGUCCGACCUUUAUACUUAACGUUAUGAAACAAGAACAUUUAUGGAAUCCUUAUACCGCUUUAAUGAUAAGAAUGGAAUAAACUCAAUUAAAUAUAAUUAUUUAGAAAGCGUAAACAUAUUUCGACUAGAGCAAUAAUACUAACUCGUCAUUUAGAAGGCUAUUAAAAAACACAGACUAGAAAACGAAUAGCAGAAUCCUUUGAGAAAAUAAUAUUAAAGUUAUUUAAUUUUAUACUAUUUUAUAUAAAUAUUGCAAUUCUUUAAUUGCAAGUUUAAACAACGACUAAAACGUAAAAAAAUUAUUAAAAUAUGAUUCGUUUCCGAUUAAGAUUACGAAAAAAGAACAUUAGAGGUAUGUAAAUGUAGUAUAGGGUUUAAAAAUUUCAAUAUGUGUAUUUAAUAUCAAUUAAUUUGAAAAUAAACUUGAAUUAUCUUCACGUUCCGCUAACUUUACAGUAUAGUGUGAUAGCCCGCGAGUUUUUCAAAGAAAUAACUAAAGAUUUUUAAAUUAUUUGCCUUUUUAAAAGUUUUCACUGACCUGAUGACCUCUAGGAUUCUGGUGCAUUCCAACAAGCAGGAUACUCAAUAUAUUCAAGGCAUGAAAUCACCUUUAAUGAUAUAUGUAAAUAGCUGUUAUUGAUGAUUUUACUUUCCUUUUAUGAUCGUUGUCGCUGAUAAGUAAGGACCUGUUUUCAAAUUACCUUCUAGAGUUACUUAUCUUCCUUGCAAUAUGUCCUAUCUCGAUUUUGACCCAUUUAAAGGAUUAUCAAAAAAGUAAUUUUAUAAAAAUCAAUGAGUAAUUGUAUGUAAUAAGAAAAAGAUGUGUUUGGACACACGUUAGAAGUUAUACUUCUUUGGUGUAAGGAUAAUACUUUAAAGUUACAUAAAUGAUAAAAUUAUCAAAGAAAAUAUGUCUUUUUUUUUAUACUUAUAUCUAACGCUGAGAUAUAUACAGCGUACUAAGACUUUGCUCAGACUUUACUCACGUAAAACAUAGCUAAGUGAGCUUAGCAUAAUCUUUGAUUACAUUUUUGUAGUCAUUUGACAGAUGAAAUUAUACGGAGCUUCAACUAAAAGAGAGCCCAAUGCAUAAAUCAAGUUCGCAUUUUAUCACACUCAGGUAAGUUUUACGUAAGUAAAGUCUGAGCAAAGUCUAAGUACCCUCUAACAAAUCAAAUCAAAAUCACUUAAUCAUGUAGGUCACGGAAAUGACACUUAUGAAUGUCAAAAAAAUAUUUUUUUUAUUGAAUCUACCGCUACUUCGUAAAGGGUUGAGCCAAUGAGAAGAAGUAGCAAGAAACUCAUUGCCACUCUUUUAUAUCAAGAUUUACAUUUCCAUCGAUUUACAAAUAAUUUCAAUUACAAUAUAAUAUGUAAAAUGAUGCAACAAACACACUCAAACGUCAAAUAGUCAAUGCCUUACACGAGUAAGUCAAAAAAUUAAAUGUAAAUUAAUACAAAAGUUAUUGAGUACAGUAGCUGCAUCAUCCACACACACCAUAAAUAAAUAAAGGUAUUCUGUGAGGAUUUUAUAAGCGAUUGUAAAUAAAUAUAU